AUGGCAAGCCCAAAAGUUUCUUCAUUCUUUUCAGCCUUCAUUAUUAGUACAUGUCUGCUUAGAACAGCAAACGCCAUACCCAAAAGGUGGUUCCAUGCUCAUGCUACAUUUUAUGGAGACAAAAAAGGCUCAGAUGGGAGUUUUGGAGGAGCUUGUGGGUACAACAAAUAUUUUCAACAAGACUAUGGAAUAGCCAAUACAGCUCUAAGCACAGCACUGUUCAAAGGAGGCCUGGCAUGCGGAGGUUGCUUUAGGAUAAAAUGCAAUGUGAAACUGGACAGACAGUGGUGUGUAAGGGGCAAUCCUUCAAUAAUAGUCACAGCUACAAACUUUUGUCCUCCCAACAAUUCACUUCCCAAUAACAAUGGAGGAUGGUGUAACCCUCCUCUCAGACAUUUUGAUAUGUCACAGCCAGCUUUUAAGUACAUUGCCUAUUACAAGGCAGGCAUUGUCCCAGUCUUAUACAAAAGAGUACCAUGUAGAAGGAAAGGUGGAAUACAGUUUACCAUCACUGGUAAUCCAUAUUUCAAUCUAAUACUUGUAGCCAAUGUUGGAGGAGCUGGAGAAGUUUAUGGGGUAUGGAUCAAGGGGUCUAAGACAAGCAAAUGGGAGAAGACAAGGAGGAACUGGGGCCAACAUUGGGAAACUGAUAAUAACUACACAGGCCAGAGCUUAUCCUUUAUAGUCAUGACCAGUGAUAGGAAAUCCGUAGCUUCCUAUAAUGUGGCUCCCUCCAACUGGCAAUAUGGUCAGACAUAUAUUGGCAAACAGUUUUGAACUUCAUAUGUGUAUGAAUUAUAAUGUGCUCAACAAUGCUUAAAAGCAUUGGCUUCGGCUUAACAUGAAUGCCA